GUCCCGACUCGUCCGCACUGCACAAAGCGCUAUAACAAUGAACGCACCAGUAUUUCUGGCUUCCUUGUUAUUUGUGGCACAUCAAACUCUUUCUGGUGCUGAUGUCCGUCUACCCCAAACAGUUUCCCCUCGCCAUUAUGACGUUCGCCUUUUUCCCAUAUUGGAGAAAGGCAAUUUCUCCAUUUUAGGGCAAGUUUCGAUUGACUUGGAAUGCAGCGAGGACACCAACCGUAUAGUGUUACACAGUGCAGACAUUGUCGUCGAUCCUCAAUCAGUUCAGGUAAUUGAGCGAUGCAAAACCGACAAGUUUCUCCAAGUCGAAGGGAUUGAAUAUGACACUAAAUUGGAAUUCCUUAUCGUCCAUCUGAAUCCCAAAGUCAAGUUAACUGCGGGGUCCAAUUACACGCUCUCUUUGAGUUUCGUCGGGAAUCUAACGGACCAAAUGAGGGGAUUUUAUCGUUCGGUUUACACUGAAGAUGGUAUUGAAAGAUACAUGGCCUCGUCGCAAAUGCAGCCGACGGAUGCCCGCCGAGCAUUCCCGUGCUUCGAUGAGCCGAAUUUGAAGGCUACUUUCACCGUCACUUUGGGCCGCCAUGGAAACAUGAUUUCCCUUUCCAAUAUGCCGUUGAUCGACACGACUCCAAUGAUCGGCAUGGAGAAUUUCUUCUGGGAUCAUUUUCAACCGUCCGUGCCAAUGUCGACGUACCUUUUGGCGUUCGCUGUGGCCAACUACGCUCAAGUUCCAUCGGUUAAAACGAAAGGCAAAUGGAAUUUUAAUAUUUAUGCCCGUUCAUCGGCCUAUAACCAGACUCGAUACGCCAGUGAUAUAGGCCCAAGAAUUCUGUCGUUCUUUGAAGAUUAUUUCAAUAUUUCAUUCCCACUACCCAAACAAGACAUGAUCGCCGUUCCAGAAUUUGCAUUGGGUGCCAUGGAGAACUGGGGGCUCAUCACUUACAGAGAAAAGUAUUUGUUGUACGACGAAACAGUUUCCUCGUUUGAUCACAAAGAAUUAGUGAUUAAGGUAAUCGCUCACGAGCUAUCCCAUCAGUGGUUCGGCAAUCUCGUCACUAUGGAAUGGUGGACUGAUUUGUGGUUAAACGAGGGAUUCGCAUCGUAUGCAGAACAUAUUGGAGCCGACCACGUUGAACCGGGCUUCAAGUUUCUUGAGCAAAUAGUAACAUUCGCAUUGCAUCAAGCCAUGAAUCUCGACGCACUAGAGUCCAGCCAUCCCGUAAGUGUAGUGGUACACCACCCGUCCGAAAUCGCAGAGAUUUUCGACGUUAUCUCGUACCAGAAAGGAGCGGCGAUUAUACGCAUGCUGGCCAGCUUCAUUGGUGAAGACAAUUUUAAAAAGGCGCUCUUCAAUUUUUUGGAUAAACGGUAUGUUAAAAUGACGAAUAACAAAUAUCCUUUUCCGUCAACGAUUUGCCUUUUACAUUUAUUGUUCGUCUCGUUGUCAAGUUAAUACGGCAAUGCGGUGCAAGACGAUUUGUGGAACGCGUUCGACAAUCAAGGCAAAGUCGAUCAUAUUAUACUGCCGGUCAAUGUCAAAACGAUUAUGGACACUUGGACUCUAAAGAUGGGUUUUCCCGUCGUUACAAUUCGGCGCGAUUAUCAAAGCCGGAACAUUUCAAUUAGCCAGGAACGAUUCUUGCUCCACAAGUCUGAAAAAGCCACCGAUGAUCCGACCGUCUACCUUUGGUGAGUUCCCCUGACUUACACGACUGACUACAAGACAAUUGGAUCCACCUGGUUGGCAGACAGCCAGCCCUCAAAAAAUCUCACGCUAGAAUCUGAAAUCGGAAUGAAUGACUGGAUCAUCUUUAACGUCGACGAAACUGGCUACUAUCGGGUCAAUUACGACGCGCACAAUUGGAAGUUGAUUGGCCAACAACUGAUGACGAAUCACACGGCCAUUUCAGUUAUUAAUCGAGCUCAAAUUAUGGACGAUUCGCUUAAUUUGGCCAGAGUUGGAUUGGUAGAUUAUGAAACUGCUUUCAAUCUAACUGAAUACCUGAAAUUUGAAGGCGAGGUCCUGCCAUGGGAAUCCACAUUUGCAGCCCUAACGUACAUUGACUCGAUGAUGUGGCAUAAACCUGGUUACGACCUUCUUAAAAAACACUUCCGUAAUAUUUUGUCGCCGAUUUUCUCCUCGCUGGGAUUCCGCCAAAAGACCGAGGAUUCUCCCUUGACAAGCAAACUGCGUCUUCUCAUUUCAAAAUGGGCUUGUUAUUAUGGCAACGAAGAAUGUAUUCGACAAGCCAUUGAAUUGUAUCGCCAAUGGAUGGCCGAUCCUGAAGAUCCCACGAUUGUCCCGAUUGACGUGAAAUCGGUCGUUGUCUCCACGGCUAUCCGCGAAGGCGGUGAAAGAGAAUGGAAAUUCGCGUUCGAUCGCAAUUAAUAGUCCUAUUUCGCUCAAUACAAAAUCGCUAUAUGUUCUAAAUCAUAUGAAAAAUGGCUAACAAUUCCAUUUAUGGUGCUGACGAGAUUGCCGAAUCACUGAUGGAAUCACCAAUAGACUACUUUUUGUGAUCAUCCAUUUGGGGAAAAUAACUGUUAUUUCGUUGUUAGAACAAAACAUUUUAUCCAUGCAAAUUAAACGGAAAAUGCUGAACAACUGAUUUUCCCAGGUUAUUUAUAUGUUAUUCGAAUCAAUCAAAGCGAAGGUUGGCAAGAGACGAUUAUUAAAUAGCCUUAAGGGAAUUUUGUUUUUAUGUUAAAUUCAAUUUCAUCUCAAAUAAAUCUGAUUGCUGCUUGUUAUAUUGUAAUAUGAUAUUUCAUAUGAUAUAGGAUUUACGCCUGCGAGAGAAUGAAAUGAUGAAACUGUUAGUA